AUGGUGUGGAUAGUUAUGAUACUAGUCGUAUUGGCCAUAGAAGGUGAAGCAAAAACUGAAAUAGAAUGCAGUAAGAUCUGCCGUCCCCACUGCCAGCGCUCAUCACCAGCGUCAGAAUGUGCAGCUUGUCGUACAAAAUGUUACAAGUCUCCACCCGUUGCAGUGAGAGGAAGGAACCGCCGCAUGGUCUCCGAACACACCAAACAACAAUAAAGAUCUUAUUUGCUUUUAUUUUAAAUUAUAUAUAUAUACAAUAACACAUGAUGACUAUACAUGUAAGGAUCCAAACCUUAUAAUAAUACUUAUAUGCAAUGGUUUAAUAAGAUGAGAUUGUUCUAGUUUCUUUUUUCUUAUUCGUUAUUUCAACAAUCAAACAUGUUCAAUUUAUAACUUGUGUCUGAUGGUUGGUCAUUUCAACGAAAUAUCCAACUUUUGAUUCUCGAUUCUUAGCAUUUUUUCUGUCUUUUCUUUGUCUGCCUUAAUACACACUAGAUCUCGAUCCGCCAACCGUGCGGGUUUGCUUUUUAUUUAUAAUUUAUAAAAAAAAUUAUCAAUAAAUAAUAAUAUAGUUAUUUAUAAAAUCGUGC